AUUUUCUUGAAGAUCUGAAAGAUUACAUUGGUCAUCCAAGUCAAGAUUUGCAUGAUAAUAUUGAGAAAUAUGAUGAUGAUUAUAAUAAUGAUGAAAAAGUAAACUAUGACAAUGGCCAUUACAUUUUAUAUCAUAAUAUUCCUUCAAAUCAGGUUGUGCUUCAUGAAGACAAGAAAUAUUAUCCGAGUGCUGAAGAAGUUUAUGGUCUUGAAGUUGAAACUUUGGUUCAAGAAGAAGACACUCAGCCUCUAUCUGAACCAAUAAUUCAACCUAUAAAAAUAAAAAAAUUUCAAAUUCAAGAAAAAGAUUUACCUGAAACUAAAUUUAAAAAAGAAUUUUUAGUGGAUAUGAUGAAUUUUCCUGAAUUAGUGAGAAAUAUUGCUAUUGUGGGUCAUGUACAUCAUGGAAAAACAUCAUUUGUUGAUAUGUUGAUAUAUGAAACACAUACUUCUGUAGCUUGGGAUGUUGAUAAACAGGCUACGGCUGCACUUAGAUUGGCUGAUGAAUACUAG